AUGGCAGCCGAGAGCGGCCGCCAGUUCUGGAAGCGGAGCUCCAAGCUGCCGGGCAGCAUUCAGCCUGUCUAUGGAGCACAGCAUCCCCCGCUGGACCCUCGGCUCACCAAGAAUUUCAUCAAGGACCGCUCCAAGACCAGUGCCUUGCCUAUGAAAAGCAAGAAGGCCUCCAGCUUUCACGAGUUUGCCCGCAACACCAGUGACGCCUGGGACAUCGGCGAUGAUGAAGAUGAGGACUUCUCUUCCUCCUCUUCCCAACCGCUGAACUCCAAAGUGGCCAAGGCCACGGCAGCGCAGGUGCUGGAGAACCACAGUAAGCUGAGAGCGAAACCCGAGCGAGCCCAGUCUGCCCUCAGUGACAUGCCCACCAACUGCAAGGUCAUCAAAUCCAGCAGCGAGGCCCAGCUCUCCAGGACAUCUGAGGAUGCCUGCAUGCGGACCCCCCUGCCGAAGCAGCAGUCCCUUCCCCUUCGGCCUGUCAUUCCGCUUGUCGCCCGCAUCUCUGACCAAAAUGCUUCGGGUGCUCCCCCCAUGACAGUGAGGGAGAAAACGCGCCUGGAGAAGUUUCGGCAGCUUCUUUCCAGCCACAACACGGACCUGGAUGAGCUGAGGAAAUGCAGCUGGCCUGGUGUGCCCAGAGAGGUCCGGCCCGUGACGUGGCGUCUCCUGUCAGGUUAUCUCCCCGCAAACAUGGAACGGCGGAAGCUGACCUUGCAGCGCAAGCGGGAGGAAUACUUUGGCUUCAUCCAGCAGUAUUACGAUUCCCGGAACGAGGAGCACCACCAGGAUACCUACCGGCAGAUCCACAUCGACAUUCCAAGGACCAACCCACUUAUUCCCCUUUUCCAGCAGCCGCUUGUCCAAGAGAUCUUUGAAAGAAUCCUGUUUAUUUGGGCCAUUCGACACCCGGCCAGUGGCUAUGUGCAGGGAAUCAAUGACCUGGUCACUCCAUUCUUUGUUGUGUUCCUCUCGGAAUAUGUUGAAGAGGAUGUGGAAAACUUUGAUGUGACAAACCUGUCGCAGGACAUUCUGCGGAGCAUUGAAGCCGAUAGCUUCUGGUGCAUGAGCAAGCUGCUGGAUGGGAUACAGGAUAACUACACCUUUGCACAGCCGGGGAUCCAGAAGAAGGUUAAGGCCCUGGAGGAGCUAGUCAGCCGCAUUGAUGAGCAGGUACACAAUCACUUUAGGAGGUACGAGGUCGAAUACCUGCAGUUUGCCUUUCGCUGGAUGAACAAUCUUCUCAUGAGAGAGUUGCCUCUUCGCUGCACCAUCCGCCUCUGGGACACCUACCAGUCGGAGCCAGAAGGGUUCUCCCACUUCCACCUGUACGUCUGCGCUGCCUUCUUGAUCAAGUGGCGGAAGGAGAUCCUGGAUGAAGAAGACUUCCAAGGCCUUCUCAUGCUCUUACAAAACCUCCCGACCAUCCACUGGGGCAACGAGGAGAUUGGACUCCUGCUCGCUGAAGCUUACCGACUCAAGUACAUGUUUGCAGAUGCCCCCAAUCAUUACCGGCGGUAGGUGCCAGGACUCGACUUGCUCCUCUUCCCUGCGCCCACCUYUCGUCCUGGCCCUAUCUGAUCACUGUGGCAUUUUGUCCUCCACGUCCUCGGACACUCCGGCUGCGAGCCGCUCCUCGCUGUACAAAGCUCCCAUCAACUCUUGUCUUAACUCUUGCGUGUGCCUGGCUGCCACUCCAUGCACCUGGAUGUGCCACUCCACC